AUGAUCCUGUGGCUGAACUUGGUGUCCUUCCUAGCAGUCCUCAGAGGUGUCCAGUCUGAGGGCCAGUUGGUGGAGUCUGGAGGGGACGUGAGGAUGCCUGGAGAGUCCCUCCCUCUCUCCUGCCAAGGCUCUGGUUUCAACUUCAGCAGCAAUGACAUGGACUGGGUGAGACAGGCCCCAGGGAAAGGCCUGGAAUGGGUGGCCCGCGUAAGUACAUCUUCUAGUACAUACUACUCGGACAAAGUGAAGGGACGCUUCACCAUCUCCAGGGACAACUCCAAAAGCCAAGUCUAUCUGCAAAUGAACAGCCUGAAGCCAGAAAACUCAGCAGUCUAUUACUGUGCGAUGAUCCUGUGGCUGAACUUGUUGUCCUUACUAGCAGUCCUCAGAGGAGUUCAGUCUGAGGUCCAGUUGGUGGAAUCUGAUGGGGACAUCAGAAGGCCUGGAGAGUCCCUUGGUCUCUCCUGCCAAUCCUCUGGCUUUGACAUCAGCAGCUACUACAUGCACUGGGUGAGACAGUCCCCUGGAAAAGGCCUGGAAUGGGUGGCAUCCAUAAGGUAUGAUUCAGGUAGCAUUUACUACUUGGACAAAGUGAAGGGACGCUUCACCGUCUCCAGGGACAACUCCAAAAGCAAACUCUAUCUGGAAAUGAACAGCCUGAAGCCGGAAGACACGGCAGUCUAUUACUGUGCUAGAGACACUGUGGGAGGAAGUGAGUCUGAAGCCUGGCAAAAACUC